CUCAGGCGAGAUGGGUGCGCCAGGCCGGGUCCUGCUGUGGCUGCAGCUCUGCGCGCUGACACGGGCCGCCUACAAACUCUGGGUCCCCAACACCUACUUUGAUGCCGCCGAUAACUGGAGCCAGAACCAGACCCCAUGCGCAGGCGCUGCUGUCAAAUUCCCUGCAGACAAGAUGGUGUCCGUCCUGGUGCGAGAAGGUCACAGCAUCUCGGAUAUGCUCCUGCCACUGGACGGGGAAUUUGUCCUGGCCUCCGGAGCUGGAUUCAGCGCCCCGAACACCGGCUCACACCUGGACUGUAGCGCAGGAGCCUCCGCGCUCUUCCUCGACCCCGACCGUUUCUUGUGGCACGACCCGCGCCUGUGGAGCGCGGGGGACGCGGGGCGCAGUCUUUUCUUCGUGGACGCUGAGCGCGUGCCCUGCCGCCACGACGACGCCGUCUUCCCGUCCGACGCCUCCUUCCGGGUGGGCCUCGGCCCCGGCACCGUGCGGGUCCGCAGCGUCCGGGCUCUGGGCCAGACGUUCACGCGCGACGAGGACCUGGCUGCCUUCCUGGCGUCCCGCGCAGGCCGCCUGCGCUUCCACGGGUCGGGCGCGCUGAGCGUGGACCCCGAGGCCUGCGCGGACCCGUCGGGCUGCGUCUGCGGCAACGCCGAGGUGCAGCCGUGGAUCUGCGCGGCACUGCUCCAGCCCCUGGGCGGCCGCUGCCCCCAGGCCGCCUGCCAAGACGCCCUCCGGCCCGAAGGGCAGUGCUGCGACCUCUGCGGAGCCAUCGUGUCGCUGACCCACGGCCCCGCUUUUGACCUGGAGCGGUACCGGGCGCGGCUGCUGCACGCCUUUCUCGCCCUGCCCCAGUACCAGGGGCUGCGAAUGGCCAUGUCCAAGGUUCCGCGCCAACCGCACCUGCAUGAGGCCUCCGGCGCGAAAGCGGACACAGAGAUCCAGGUGGUGCUGGCAGAGACCGGGCCCGAGACGGGCAGCGCGGGGCGGCUGGCCCGGGCCCUUUUGGCGGACAUAGCGGAGCACGGCGAGGCCCUCGGGGUCCUGUCCGCGACCGCUCGGGAGUCGGGCCCGCCCAUCGGAGGCAGCUCGGCUGCUGGGUUGAACGCGCCAGGGGCGCGCUCGGAUCUGAUAGGCGGCUUGGUGGCCGCGCUGCUGCUAUUGCUGCUGGUGCUGCUGCUGGUGGCGUUGCUGUUGCGCCGCGCGGGGAGGCUCAGGUGGAGUAGGCGCGACGAGGCCGCCUCCGAGCCGGCUGGGACGCCCCUGGGCUUCAGCAACCCGGUGUUCCACACGGCAGACUCCGUGGACCCGCCCCCGGCCCCGCAGCCGGAAGUCAGGAGCUCCAGCCGCAGCUACUUCGUUAAUCCGCUGUAUGGCGAAGCCGAGGCCGAGGCGGAGGCCUGAGCAGCCGCGUAACCCGCCCGCCCUCUCCUGCCGGCGUCGGGGGCCCUGCGGGAUCCCCGCACCCUCCGCUGGCCAAGGAUAGGGUGGCCUUGUCCAAUAAAGGGUUUUCCUGCA